AUGCUUGCCGAAGAUGCAAUGGCGCUGAGUGUGGCCGCAGCUGGUGCUGCCGCACUCACUGAGAGCAUAGUCCAUCCUCUGGACACAGUUAUUUGUCGCAUACAGUCGGGGAACGUCUCCGCUCAUCGAGCCGGCACCGUCUCCAGGCCAUUUGACAACAAAAAUCUCUUCCACCGUCUCUAUCGCGGCUUUGGCCCUACCGUGGUCGCAAGCAUACCGGCAUCAGUCGUCUUCUUUGCGGUUUACGAUUCCGUCAAAGUCGCGUUCUCAAACGCCCGCGCUGCCGGACACCUUGGCAGCUUACCGCACUCAGUCGACUACGCGGUCGGCAGCGCGGCAGGCGAACUUCUCGCAUGCGCCAUCCUUAACCCUGCCCAAGUUCUGAAGCAGAAUGCCCAGGCUACCCGGAUACCUUCUCAACAGCCUGCCAAUCAAUUAUCACGGUCGACGGCGGCGCAGUUGCUGAAGUUGCUGAAGUUGUUCGGCAGACAACCGUCCAAACUAUGGGCAGGCUACACCGUGUUGGUGGCAGCUCAGUUGCCCCAUACGUGCCUCAUGUUUUCGAUCUACGAGGGGCUCAAGCAACAUUCGUCGUCAUUCGUGCACGACGAGCGCAAGGUGGGGGAUUCUGGCCUUGUCCAGCACGUGCAGACAAGUGCCAUUUGCGGCGCCAUUGCUGGCAGCUUCUCAUCGUGGAUCUUUGUUCCUGCAGAUGUGGUCACUCUCAGGCUGAGACUCGCGGCCGGCCGUGCGGUAGAACAUCAGCAGUCUCGAGCGGCCAUCGCUACAGUAGAAAGUGUCGGUGUAAGGCCAGCCGUGCCAAAAUCGGCAGACGUGAACGUGCUGGCUUGUGCGAGAGAUAUCGUCCGUCGUGAAGGAUGGGCAGCGCUGUUCCGAGGCUCUCUCCUGACUUGCAUAGCUGCAGGUGUCGGUGGCGGUGUCUAUCUAGGAAGCUACGAGGCGAUAAAGACUUUGUAUGACAUUGAGGAGGAGUGA